UUUAGCAAGAUAACUUUGGCAAGGUCGCCUCGCGCUCGCGUGUGGUUGGUGCCUCUGGUUCUGGUGUAACGUCAAUCGGCAGGCAGUGUGUGUCAUCUCGUUUUGCUAUCGUGUGUCAUGUUUGACAGAUUAGUAGCGGUUUCCCAUUAGAGUUUUCAGAUUCCUAAGGAAACUCUUUAACAAAAUUAUCAGUGUUAUGACACGCGUCCCCUGAUAUAUAUCUGGUGUGUAAGAGUCGCGUGAAAACUGAGUGAAGUAUGGAUACCGAGAACAAAAAGGUGCAAUCCGCGACAGAUGCGUCAACGCCGACCGAAAAUCAUAAUAGCAAUAAAAUUCGUAGGAGAAAUGUACCGGUUGAAUUAGCGAGCUUCGCGAUCAAGGAAGACAAUUUGUGCGAUCGUGUGCCCCUCGUGAUUCUGCCCGACUCCACGAAAGCGUGGUACGACGGUACCGCGCCGCGGAUACCCGAUGUCACCGAUACGGCCACGUCGGGUAAACAACAGAACGGAGUAGUGCUGACUCACGAAGAUGAUCGCGAAUUGAAUGGCAGCGCUUCGAUGGAUCCUCUUAUCAAUCGCGAGAGGAUGAAAAUGAGCGUUAUUCACGGUAGCAUCGCCAAUCCGGAUCUAACUCUAGGAGAGCUAAGACUACUUGGUUGCAGUAGCGAAGGCUUCGUUAACGAUGAUAUACGAAGGAUACUGUGGCCAAAACUUUUGAGAUUAGUACAAGAGGAGUUUAUACCUGUUAAUGAAUUGGAGACCAUACAUACUUGUAUACCGAAUGAGGUUUAUCAACAGAUAUUGAAGGAUGUAGCACGUAGCGGCAGCCAUAUUUCACAGAAUGCAACAGAAAAGGAAACAGAAAGUUUCCAAGAACAAUUGACGCAGCUUAUGUGCUGGGUACUUCAUAGACAUUCCGAAUUAAAUUACUACCAGGGAUACAAUGAUAUAGCAGCAACUGUGUUACUUGUGAUGGGAUUACAAGCAGGCUUGUAUGUGCUUGAAAGUAUAUCAUUAGAGUUCCUGGAAAGAUUUAUGGAAAAAACUAUGGAAAAAGUAAAUCAAGAGUUAUUCUAUAUAUUUGCAUUAUUGGAACGAGUGCAUCCAACGCUCCUGGAACAUUUAGAGAAAAUUAUUUUUUACCUUAGUGUAGAACUGUUUCCACACUUUGCUUUGGCUGAAUACACAACAUGGUAUGCACACAAAUAUGCAGAAAACAGGAUAUUAUUACAUAGAUUAUUUGAUUAUUUCCUGGGCAGUCCUCCACUCAUGCCUCUCUAUCUAAGUACAGUAAUUGUUGCACAUAGAGCUACCGAAAUUUUCAAUACUACACCUGACAUGGGACACACACAUAAGAUAUUAUGUACGUUACCUGAUGACUUGCCAUUUGAAACACUUUUAGUCGAAGCAAAAGAUUUAUAUCAAAAAUAUCCUCCUGAAUCUAUCAGUAAUGAUGUCAAAGAUUAUGAUCAUAAGAGAAAAAUUAAAGAACAAGAAUGGAAAGCAAAGGCAGAAGCAGGUCGUCAAGAGAGAGAAAGACAACGAAACUUAAAAAUUGUCCAGUCAACACCAAGGAUAUCUUAUCGUAUCAGAAGUUAUAAAACUAUCACUGUUGUGACUAUUUUAGCUUUGGGAAUAUAUGCCUUUAUAAGAUCUUCGACAGGGCUUAACUGACAUUAAAAGAUAUUAUCUGUUGUAAAAAAACUUUUACAACAAGAGUUUUUACACAUUUUUUAAAAAGACUACUUUAAUAUAUUACUAAAUAAUGAUUUAGAUUGAGAAAAGAUAUUAAGAUUGAGUAAAAAUAAGUUUUACCAUAAAGGAAUGAAAUAGCAAGAAAUUAUAUAUUGCUAGAAGAAUAAUUACAAAAAGUUUGAUUGUUUCAGCAAAUCUGUUUUAGAGUACAAGAAUCAGAAUUUUAUGCAUUCCUAUGCUGCCUUUGUGCUGUGUUCUUUGGAGGUUGACCUGAACUUUUCACGUAUAUAUGUUAAAAAAGAAUCACAAAUACAUAAAAACUUAGUGAGGAAAAAAACAAAGCACAUUAUUUCAAAUAUUUAAAAUUAUUAAAAGUACGAACAUGUAAAAUCAGUGUUGCAUUUCAAAAUUUACUUCUUAGAAGAGAGUUGCGUUCGGUUGACCUGUCAGGACAAAAGAAACAAUUUCUUUGUUGUGAUGGUUAAUCAAACACUAUUUUAUUCUAAGAAGUAAAUUUUGAAACGCAGCUUAGAUGUUUAGGAAAACUUUAAACAAAAUAUAUAUGAAAGUUUCAUAUAUAUAUAUAUAUGUAUAUAUAGAUUGUAAUUACAUUAUUACAAUCUGUGAUAAAAAAAUUUUAUAUAUUGAGUUAAUUAUUGCAAAAAAAAA